CCCGCCAACCCGAUGGCCAUCAUCACACGAAUCUUGUCCCACGCGGCAAACAAGCCCUACCGAACGAAAGAUCUAAAGACCGAGCCCCCAUUCCUAAACGAAGACGGACAUGUCGAUUUCGGCCCGAAUGAUAUCGAAAACCCCCGCAAUUGGUCCUUCCGCCGGAAAACUUCCGUAACCAUCGCCGCAGUCCUACUAGUCGUUAAUGCAACUUUUGCCUCGAGUUCGCCGAGCGGCUGUUUCCCUUCCAUCUCAAAUCAUUUUAAUAUCUCCACCGAGGUUACUGGUCUCACGAUAACAUUGUUCUUACUGGGAUACUGCGCCGGUCCGCUCAUUUUCGCGCCGCUUUCCGAAUUCUAUGGCCGACGAUGGAUCUUCUACAUCACUUUCAGCAGCUAUAUGGCAUUUAACUUUCUCUGUGCCUUUGCGCCGAACUUUGCAGCGUUGCUUAUCGGUCGCUUUUUAACUGGUACUUUUGUCUCAGCAUGUCUGAGCAAUUGUCCUGGUGUCUUGGCGGACUUGUGGAAUCCGUUGCAGCGCGCGAAUGCAAUGGCAGGCUUCUCAGCGAUGGUUUGGAUUGGACCUGCUCUUGGCCCAGUCGUCGCCGGAUUUAUUCAAUUGAAAAAGGAAUGGCAAUGGAGUUUCUAUGUGCUGUUAUGGUUGGGCGCACCGACUUGUUUGGUGAUGCUAACGAUUCCUGAAACCUAUGCGCCGAUUGUUCUAUGCAAUAAAGCGAAGCGAAUCCGAAAGGCAAAGAUUCCGGGAUAUGAGACCGUGAAAGCGCCCGCGGAGGAGAGUGAUCGUACUCUCGCUGGUAUCUACAGGGUCGCCCUUGUUCGACCUUGGAUCAUUCUCUUUGAUCCGAUCUCUUUGUGCUGUGCAAUCUAUUUGGCCUUUGUUUAUACCCUGCUCUACAUGCUGUUCACAAUCUACCCGAUUGUCUUCCAGGAGAGACGAGGUUGGAAUUCUGGUGUCGGGGAGUUACCGCUGGUUGGUACGGUUGUCGGCGCGUUGAUCGGCGGUGCGGUUGUUUUGGUUGAUACUCGGAUCCGACAGAAAAAGGUCGAUCGAGGAGAGAUUAAAAUGGAAGAUGCAGAGCCUGAGGAUCGACUACCCCUUGCUAUGAUUGGAGGUAUAGGGUUUGCUGCGUCCAUGUUUUGGUUUGCAUGGUCGGCCGAGUUCAAUUAUGUCCACUGGAUUGUCCCGACGCUGGCUGGGUGCUUUCUGUCGAGCUGUCUUCUGCUUAUAUUCGUUGCCUAUCUCAAUUAUCUGGUAGACGUGUAUAUGAUGUAUGCCGCAUCAGCUAUUGCCGCGAACACAAUUGCCCGAUCCGCCUGUGGUGCUGCUGCACCUCUCUUCACAAAUCAGAUGUUCCAAGCGCUCGGUGUGGGAGGUGGAGGUAGUCUCAUUGGAGGAGUGGCUGCUCUCCUGGCGGUGAUUCCAUUCCUCUUUUACAAAUAUGGCAAACAGAUUCGGGCGCGAAGCAAGUUCGCACCGACGAUGCAGAAGCGCGUACAACCGCAGGAUGAGGAGAGUGCGCCGAACGAGGAUGGGGCAAUGGACAACUCAAAGGAACUUGAAUGA